GCUCUUCAUCAUAUCCAUCAUAUAUAUCUCACAAGUAGUUCAAAUAUUAACCUAUCUAAAAGUCCUACCAUGGCUACCUCUAUUAGUGUUGUUAAGGUUACAUACUUGACCAUGUUGAUAAUGUGCAUAACUUUGGGUCAAAUGACACAAGCUGUUGAAUUAUGUGGCAAGAUUGAUGCCACAUUAGUACCAUGCGUUGAAUACCUGAGCAGAAACGAACAUAUAAUCCCUCAAAGUUGUUGUGAUGGGGUUAAGAACCUGAAUGCUGGAGCCAAGAGCAAAGAAGAUCGUCAAUCCGUUUGCAACUGCAUCAGAAGAAUGACUAAGAAUCUUAGGGGUCUGAAGCCUGACAAGCUUGCUAAACUUCCAGAACAAUGUGGAGUUAAAUUGCCCUACAAGUUAUCCCCCUCCAUGGAUUGCACCGAGGUUAACUGAGCUUAUAGGGAGAAAUGUGUCGCUGGCUUAUAUUACUUAGUUUGGUUGUGGUAGGAAAAAUAAUUUGGCAAAAGAUCGAGAAUGAAGAAGUUGCCUAUCUCUAAAUUUCUAAAUAUAGAAUAAAAGUUAAUUAGAUGCAAGAUAUUGAGAUAUGUUAUACGGUUUAUUCUAUCAGUUGAAAGUAAUGAAUGAUAUAAAUAAAUUGUUAUACGUUGCAUCUAAUCUCCUUUAAACACGUGCUUUAUUUACUCGUUGGCUUCUAUGUACAAGUAUGAAUUUGAGUUCACAGAGAGCUUUAGCUCUUGGAACAGAAUGCAGCAGAAGAUCUUUAUUACUUGA